AUGAAUGACCAAUAUCACCGGGCCGCCAGGGAUGGCUAUCUGGAGCUCCUCAAGGAGGCCACCCGGAAGGAGCUGAAUGCCCCCGACGAGGAUGGCAUGACCCCAACCCUCUGGGCUGCCUACCAUGGCAACCUGGAGUCGCUGCGCCUCAUUGUGAGCCGCGGAGGUGACCCGGAUAAGUGUGACAUCUGGGGAAACACACCCUUGCAUUUGGCAGCUUCCAAUGGCCACCUGCACUGCCUGUCCUUCCUCGUGUCCUUCGGGGCCAAUAUCUGGUGCCUGGACAAUGACUACCACACGCCGCUGGACAUGGCCGCUAUGAAGGGCCACAUGGAGUGUGUGCGCUAUCUGGAUUCCAUCGCAGCCAAGCAGAGCAGCCUCAACCCCAAGUUAGUGGGCAAGCUGAAGGACAAGGCGUUCCGCGAGGCGGAGCGGCGCAUCCGUGAAUGCGCCAAGAUGCAGCGCAAGCACCACGAGCGCAUGGAGCGGCGCUACCGGCGCGAGCUGGCCGAGCGCUCCGACACGCUCAGCUUCUCCAGCCUCACUUCUAGUACUCUGAGCCGCCGGCUGCAGCACAUGACGUUGGGCAGCCAGCUGCCCUACUCUCAGGCCACGCUGCACGGCACGGCCAAGGGCAAGGCCAAGAUCCAGAAGAAGCUGGAAAGGCGCAAGCAGGGGGUCGAGGGCACCUUCAAGGUCUCCGAGGAUGGGCGCAAAAGCGUGCGAUCGCUCUCGGGCCUGCAGCUGGGCAACGAUGUGAUGUUUGUGCGCCAGGGCACCUACGCCAACCCCAAGGAGUGGGGCCGUGCCCCACUCAGGGACAUGUUCCUCUCGGACGAGGACAGCGUCUCCCGUGCCACGCUGGCUGCCGAGCCUGCCCACUCGGAGGUCAGCACCGAUUCAGGCCACGACUCCUUGUUUACCCGCCCCGGCCUGGGUACCAUGGUGUUUCGAAGGAACUAUGUGAGCAGCGGGUUGCACGGGCUGGGCCGAGAGGAUGGGGGCUUGGAUGGGGCAGGCACGCCGCGGGGUCGGCUGCAUAGUUCCCCCAGCCUGGACGACGACAGCCUGGGCAGUGCCAACAGCUUGCAGGACCGCAGUUGCGGGGAAGAGUUGCCCUGGGAUGAGCUAGACUUGGGCUUGGACGAGGAUCUGGAGCCCGAGACCAGCCCCUUGGAGACCUUCCUGGCCUCGCUGCACAUGGAGGACUUUGCCUCCCUCCUGCGGCACGAGAAGAUUGACCUGGAGGCCCUGAUGCUGUGCUCUGACCUCGACCUACGCAGCAUCAGCGUGCCCCUGGGGCCUCGGAAGAAGAUCCUGGGGGCCGUGAGGAGGCGCAGGCAGGCUCUGGAGAGACCCCCGGCCCUGGAGGACACGGAGCUGUGA